UUAUUAAAACAAGAAGAUGAGGGCCUUAUUGAUGUUUGUUGUGUGCGCCUCUUCGUAUUUUCCAUCAGGUAAAUUACAUGUGACAUAUCUGUUAAGUGGAACUAAUCAAAAGGCCCCUACAGGUUGUAUAUCGUAAUGAAGGACCAUUUAGAUAGGUAGUUUAUUGAGUUUCAGACCUUGAAAUACUACACUGAAUUAAGUUACACCUUUACAAAAAUUCAAAAGAAUGUAGAUAAUGUAACGUAAUGUAACUAUUGCUCAGCUAUUGACCUAUUUACAAUGAAUUCACAUAUCUUUUAACACAUGUAAAACAAUGAUUUGAAUUCGAUCGGCUACUAACCCUGGCCCACCCUUGCAGUACUAGACUGAAUUUAGUUAAAAAUUACAAAAAUUCAAAAGAAUGGGGAGCAAGGGAGGCGCAGUGGUGAGAGCACUCGCCUCCCACCAAUGUGGCCCGGGUUCAAAUCUCGGCGUCGAUGCCAUAUGUAGGUUAAGUUUGUUGUUGGUUCUCUCCUUUGCUCCGAGAGGUUUUUCUCCGGGUACUUCGGUUUUCCCCUCUCCUCAAGAACACACAUUUCCAAUUUCCAAUUCGACCAGGAAUCAGGUAGACGAAGAACCACUAUGUGCUACCUCCUAAUCGUUAUUUUAUUUGUUUAUUUAUUUAAAUAUAUGAUAUAAUUCGCCUUGUAUUUUGUCUGAUUAAGAGGUGGUCUGUUUCGGAGCAAUUUGGGGCAUGUUUAUACGUUGGGCGACUUUGUAGGGGGUUCCUCACCGAAACAUUUUGAUAAUUUAAGUACCCUCAGAUGCGUUCUGGUACAAUAUGAACGCUUACAUUUUGACAAAUGGCAGGAUUCCACUGUUAGAUUUGAAUAUGCCAAUAAAAUACAGUGGAUGUGGUCAGAAAAAAAAAUUAAUUAAUUAAUCAUGUCCUUUUCCAACUCAGCCAUUAUGUGGCCCAAACACGGCUUGAAUCGACUCUAACAUGCGUACAGUGCAGAGCAUUUCCACUUUUGGAAAUGUGUUAAACAAUAGCCUUGAGUCACCACAGGGAAGCUUAAAAAUAUCCUCGAGCGGAUUCGAAUUGGUUAAAAAUCUGUAGUUUUUCGCGUUUUCCCAGCUGUCUUUGCCCGCCUCUUAUUUACACAAUAACGGAGAAGAAUGGGUAGAAGACUUCUGCAAUUGAGUUCCAUUAAGCCCCUGCAGACUUUUACUUCAGCUAACGUUUCCUUGAAGUACUGGGCCUUCGCGUUUCUUAUCUCCGAUGUAAUCUCCUUUCUCAACGGUCCUUCAGAAAUUUCAUAAAAACAAGCCUCGCUUCACGUACCUCCAGGUUUGCACAGUGAUGGAUAAGGGUCACUUGUCUGAAAUCCCUAUUGAUUCUUAUUAACUCUUCAAGUAAUAAACUGAGGAAUUUUACUCGAAGGAAUCCGUCGCGGAUCAUUUUUGGGGUUUGUGGGUGGCAAAAAAUUCUUCUUCCUUAAAAUUUAAGAAAUAAAAAAAUUCCUUUCUUUUCAGUAACAGGGAAACUGGGGAAAAUCGCGAAAUGGUUUGAAAGGAUGCGAAGUCUAUUUUUCAGUGACUUUUUCAUGGACGUCGUCGUUGUCGGAUCGUAAGGUCUCUAAUGUCAUGGCCUUUACGGUAUAAAGACUGAAACUACAAUAAGCAUAAACUGAGUCUCUUGGCCUUUAAUAACAACACCGGCACAAAACAAAUUCGAACGACGAUUUAUUGUACCCGACGUGCUUGGUACUUGAAAUAAAAUGCGUGGUACAAACAGUGUCAUACAAACAGCGUGGGUCGACACUAAAGCAGUAAAAAUGCAAAUUAAAAUAGUUUCCAUUAUGGAAAAUCAGAAUAAAGAAAUAUCAAAAAUGCAAAAACGAGGACUGUGAAAUGCACUUACAUUGUUCCGGUCAAGGAAACCUGCUGUGAAGCGCACCAAGAAUAGCUCGAAUGGUUUGCUGGUUAAAGAGUCCACAGACAAUGUAUGAAAUCCCGUUAAGAUUUGCAGCCCUUAAAAUUACAAUUAAAUAUCCGUCCAGUUUCUCAACGGUUUUAGUGUUUCUAGGCUCUUCUUUCAGUUCAGCAGCUGAGUUCCAUAAUGCUUAAGUGGACCUCGCUUUUACUACAAAUAUGUCGAGUUAUUUUGAAAAACGUUUAUUAGAGAUGAUGAACGAUGGUUUGGAUGAUUUGCUGUCGCAGGGGGUGGAUCAAUACGAAAAAGAAGAGGUAAUUUUAGACGACGGACUCGAUGAAAUUCUCUCCCAGAGUUUUGGUAUGUUUGAGCAAGAGUCUUGAAGACGACGCUAUCGAUAUUGCCGACAUGUCUGAGGUUGACGGGCCUAGUUUUCUGAUGGGAAGGCGCUUUUAAACUGCAAAAGGUAACUGUUCGGAACAUCUUUUUGUAUGCCUUUCUUUUGCUUUUCGCUCAAUUCUUAUCUCGAUUUAUUUGUAUUGGCAGUGAACUGCGGCCAGGAUAAAGAAGGACGACUUGAAAUAAGCGCGGAGAAAGAUUUGGUUGAACUUUUUGUCCAGUCUGUAACCAAAAGCACCAAAGAAAAAGCUCUGUGGGCUUUUCGUCUGUAUGAAAGGUGGGCGCUGUGGGGAAAAGGUGUGUACAAUCCCGGAAAGGAAACAUCUAUUGUCGGAGGUAUACUAUUCAGACCUAGAUACAAAGCCAGAGGAAGAUUUAAAUGAGGUCCUCAGUCAAUUUAUUGGAGAAGUUCGAAAACAAGAUGGAACUCGUUGCCCGGGAAAAACGUUGCACGAAUUAAUUAGUAGAUCACAAAAGUAUUUUGAAUUGAAGGGAGGGAAAGUUAAUUUUUUCUCCAAUGAAUUUUUUGAAAAGUUAAGAAAAUCACUGGAAGUUUAAAUAAAACUUCUGCUCCGAAUAACUUGGGUUUAAACCGAAACAAGUGGAUAUAAUUUCUGUUUCAACUGAAAACGACCAGUGGAAAAGCAAUAUUUUGGGAAGCGAUAACCCUGAAACUUUAUUAAGAACAACUUUUCAUUUGAUGGGAUUAAAUUUCGGUAUGAGGGGGUGAACACCGCAAAUUGAGUGCAAAUAGCUUUUCGUCUCACCCUGAUGCGGAGGGACAAAGAAUUUUUAGUUUCUUCCGAAGGAGUAAGUAAAACGAACCAAGAUGGGUUAAAACAUAGAAAAUUAUGCCCGAGAAGUUGUAACUUGUAAGUUGUUAAAUGUCAUGAGAGAUGACUUUGUGUUGUAAGAAUUGUCAAGGUUUAUAUUGAGCGAUGUCCUAAAGUAUCUUUAUAUAAUGCUUUUUACUUAAAGCGAUUGCAAAAGUACGAAAGUAAGAAUGUUUGGUUUUCUAAAGUCCGUUUGGGUCAUAAUAAACUCAUUACAAUUCCAUGGUCAAAAUGAUGAUGGCUAAAGCUGGAAUUAAAGGAUAUUUCACUCAUCACUCUUUGCGAGCAACAGCGGUUUCGAGAUUGUCUCAAGAAGGUGUAAACGACAAAUUGAUUCGGGGUGUUACUGGGCAUCGAUUGGAAGCCCUUCCAAGUUAAAAAAUAUAUAUAUAUUUGCGGUGCAAACUUCCCUCACGUGCAGCCAAAGGCUGAGUUGCGAAGGAACCAGAGAGGUGAGAUCGGACGUCAGCAUGUAAAAGCACACUCUUGCAGCCACUUCAGUCCAUGUUUUGAUCACUCCACGCUCACCCAGACCGAUGUCGGCACAAGUCAGAUAGACCAUGACAUCUGGGCCUACGUCCCCUACUCUUUUCGAACAAUGUCACGGUUCUUUACGUCCGCUUCCAACUGAAGUACAAAGAUGAAGGAGACAAGGCCAGCGGCUUAACGUCACCUCCCAAUGACGCGAUCGUCUGAAAUGAGAAAGGGGUUUCACAGCUAGCAUGAUCUCACCAGUUUUUUAAAGACUUUGGUUGAUGGUCCGGCCGGGGUUUGAACUCACGUACUCCCGGUCAGCAGACCGACGCUCUUCCAACUGAGCUAACCGGGCGGCGGGAAACAAAUGAACAACUACUUUCCAAAAUAGUGCAAGGCCGGUCCAUUGAAACCACAACCACAGAAAAUGUUGUUGCUGCGCAAAUUCCAAAUUCUUUGGGGUCAAUUAAUUUGAAUAUUUCAGGUGGAAAUUGUAACAUUACCAGUAAAGAAAGCUAGAAAAAUUUUGAAAUUAGUAAGUUAUAAUUGACAAAUGCAAAAACUUUUGUAAACUAAGUGACAGAAACAAUAAACGCUAUUCCGUUUUGGUUGUGCUAAAAAUUAUUGUGGUCAACUAAGUGGAACAAAUGGUCAUUAUCGGUGACCAAAUAAUGACCUGCUCGGUUCCAAAACAAUGAGAGGAAUCAUGGUUACUGAAAAUAAGACCCUUUUCAAAAUGAUGAAAGGGUACGUUAAGGUAGAAUAUGUUGAAUAAGCAGAAAAACAAACUAAACAAACUGGAAAAAAGGUAACCUGAGAAAACAGCUGACAUUUCGCGACACCACCACUGGUUUCCCCGGCAAAUGACGUCUGAGAAACGAGCGCAGAAAUUCCAUCCUGAUGACGCGUCACUACCCAGAUCUGGGUAUAGUGCUUCAGAUUGGUUGAAUCAAAUUUCCCUCGCGACACGACCAAUCAGAAGCACUACCCAAAUCUGGGUAGUGACGCGUCAUCAGUAUGGAAUUUCUGUGCUCAUUUCUCAGACGUCAUUUGGCGGGGAAACCAGUGGUAGCGUCGCCAAUUGUCGGAUGUUUUCUCAGGCUAGAAAAAAGGCGCUGAUGAAGAUGAAAAAUGUAAAGAGGCGUCGACGAGGAGGCGAAGAAUAACACAGAAAACUAAACACCAAAACUUGCACAAAGAAACUAAACAAAAGACAGUCAAAAGCUUAAUUAAAGGACACAAUUUAAGCAAAAACGGAUCUUAUAAAGACGACUUCCUCCUCAGUUGUGACGAGAUCUAAUAUACUUUGGUUUUCACAGUAAUCAUUACGCUGCUCUAAGCCUGCGUUGCUGGCACCAGAAAGUAGUCACGCAGCCUGAUCCCGACUGCUCUCUUGUUCCUCUUCGUUCUUUCGAAUAAUAAGUAUGAGUCGUAUAAGCCUUGUUUACCCAGAUAUAUUAGUUCCUAUUAUUUCUAAUAAACCGUUUUCAUUCAUUUUAGUCGAUGUCCUUCAAUGCAACAAGUGUUUUUUCGACACGUCGCUAAAUACCAGUUCAUGCAAUACCACCACAGAACAUUGUUCAGAGGGAAAAAAAUUUUGCGGAACCAUCUGGCAAGAAAGACAAGAUGGCUCCAUAUCCUUCAGUAGAGAGUGCUUUACCAGCGAAGUUUGUACACCAGGCUACUGCAAAAACGUCGUUAUCCCGCUUUAUGGUAGAAAGUCAUGCAACGUAACACAGUGUUGUCAAGAAGAUCUGUGUAACGAGGGUACAACAGUUAAAAAAGGUCAUGAUACAACAGUUAAAAGUGAUCAUGUAACACAGUUUUAUUGGUCUUUGGAUUACCAUUAUUUGAUAGCAGUUGCUUUAACAUUGUGUUUGUGAGAAAGUGUAAAGCAGAGAUUCUUUGAGUAGUUUAAAACGCAAGCUCCAUGCGAAAUAUUAGAGGAGUCGGCUUCGCGCGUGCGUGCGGAGCACCAUAGCUAAGAUAAUCUACCCAUCCGAGAAAAUUUGGUAAUCACGUGACCGUACACCGACCGUCGAUCGUCCGUCCGCACCCCAGGGAAACCAAUGUUUAAUCUCGCACUUUCUACCUAAUUGGGAGCCCGGGAACAACCCGAUAUUGCACAUAUUGCAAUUAUAUUGCACAUAAAUGUUGUGAUUAAUUGACAGCUGUCAAAACAGGGUGUCCGCUGACCAAUAUCACCUGAUCGUAUAGCGGGCCCAGGUAUUGACUCAUCGAGGUCGAGUUUUUUUCAAAGUUUUCCACUGACAAGUUACUAGUUUUCAAAUGAUCGCAGGCUCAAGUUAUUAUUUUUAUUAUAAUUCAUGUGAAACAAGUUGUAUUUAUGUGUCGCACCAUUCAAAUUUUGAUUUCAAACUGACCUCGGAGGCGAAACUUGUUUACUUUGACAGCUGAAGCUGACAGAGUUUUGUGUCAACUGUGAUGUUUUUAACUGUCUUUUUCCACUGGAUGUACAAAAUAAAAUACAGUUGUUAUCAAGAGUCUUCUGUUAUUCAUGGUUGGUUUGUUUAUUAGGUUUUUGGUUCAGAAAUGUGCCGCUUGUCAAAGUCCAAAAUCCAAUUUCGGAUGUCAGCGUUUUUUUUUUCCACCUUACUUCAUUCGUAAGAGGGUCUAGAGCGAUUCUGUACUUACUUGAUAGCUUUCAGGAGCUGCAUCUCGAAUUGGUAAGCCUGAGUAAUUAUUGUAUUUGAUGUCGAGCGUAGUUUAAUUUAUGUGGCUUGUUUAUGCACCUUUGUAAGAUUUGAGACAAUGAUCUGAACUAGUAUCAGGUUUGAUAAUAUAUAGAUUUAGCCAGGGCUAAAAGCGAAGCUCUGGUUAAUAAUACGUGUAAACAAAGAAAAUUAAAUCGUGUAAUGCUAAACGGGGACGACAAUGAAAAUGGCUUCAAGACUAAUAGAUCCAACUAGCAAAUAAACAAAUUGCGCGUGCAGCACACUUUUUCUUCUAAUUAGCAAAAAACAAAUUUACCCGUGCAUCACGCUUUUUGCACGACUACAACGCUGUUUUGUACGACUAAACGUCAAACUUCCCAGUUACACAUUUUUUAUGGAGGAAUUGUCGUAUUUGCUUACCAAAUAUUUGAAUUCCUGUGUUCAUGUUCGCUUGUAUUUUUCACUGCCGCUCAUUUUCACCUUGCUGGCUGCUAGCAUUUUUCAUUUUCUCACAGCCGCUUUUAAUUUCCGUGUUUUCCUUCUACGAAAUUCGUCUCCUUUGUUUUCAAUAACUCGCUCUAGUUCUUUCUCUGUUAUCCACGUUAGUGUAAACAUAAAAAAUAACGCCGAGAAAUACACGACUUUGUUGUUGUUUUUUCUUUCUAAAAGUCCGGGCGGCCAUGUGACUUCCUUCCAAAUAAAACCUUGAGUUGCAUUUGGGUUGCUAUACCUGUUGAUUGAGUUAUUUUACAUUGGUAUGCCUGUGCUGCGAAGGGACGGUCAGUCGGGCGGGGGGACGGUCGUUGUACGGUCACCUGAUUACCAAAUUUUCUCGGAUGGGUA